CCAAAAUGGAAUCGAUGAAAAAUUAUGAAUAUAAAUUUAUGUCAUUUGUUCGGAGUUCCUUGUAGUUAUGGCAUUGUUCCCACAGUUUAUAGCAUUUUUAUUAUACUCUAUCACGAGAUUGUUCGCUGAUAAUAAUGUAGUGAUCGAAACUGGAAACAAAUGCUCAUAUUUUUAUGACUACCGUCUUCCGACAGUCCAGUCCGGUCUUGUGAACUGUUCCUGGUAUGCUCCAUCGGCAUGCUGUAAGCGCACUGAGGUCACGUCUGUUUUCUCCAAGAUGUACCCACUGUACAAGUCGACAACUUCAUGUAAAAACCACAUGAACUACCUCAUGUGUUACUUCUGCAGUCCUGAUCAGCACCACUGGUAUAAAGAGAAACUCUCAGUUUGUUUGGACUUCUGUGAGGCUCUAUAUGAGGAAUGUAAAACUGCUUCGUAUAAUGGAGAAAGCUUAAGUGACUACUACCCGAAUGGAACGGCUUUCUGUGAGGCUCAGAACUACAAGGUCGUUGAUGGGUCAAACUGUUUUAAAUUUGACCCCAACGUAUUUAGUUUUAGCGAGAUAGUCACAUACAAUACUCUUGUUGUUGUAGCUGAAGUUAUAUUUGUGAUAGUUGUUUUGUGAAAAUGUCAUCUUAUUGUUGUACUCCAGGGCCAAAUUUCACAAAACAUUGUAAGCCUACUUUUGCACGUAAAUGUAAAUCUACGACUAAACAACAAUUUUUAUUACUAUUAUAGUUCAACAAAUAUAGUUAGAAGAACACAUAUUUCAUUUUCUUUUUUCUUUAAAAUACUCCAGCUUCCGUAAUGAUGUAAUUUUCUGCAUGAAAUUGAUGGCAAACACACAACCUUUAUAACUGCUAGUAGCAGACGUAAACUUACAAUGUUUAGUGAAAUGAGGCCCAUAAUUUUAGUCAGACAUGGAAUUUACGUUUACCUAUCAUCCCAGAGUAGUGAUAGAAACUUUGUUACUAUAAAUUGUUCAUCAA